AUGACCAGUGGUGAGGCUGCUACCGGUAAUAUUGUACAGUGUGAAGACUUCGAUACUUCUUCUGGUGAACCACCGAGAAUUGACCUUGAAAGACGCACAUUUAAUUCUGGUCUGCAGGCGAACAGGACCUUACCAUCAGAGAAGCUACUUAAAAAGGGUUCAGCCGACGUGGUCAAAACAGCGGCAACAAUCAAUAAAUUCAGUACUGCGUAUUCCUUACCAAUUCAUGAAAGGGAAGGGCUAAGCAGUAAGAUUAUAGAAAAGAUGGAGUUGGGAGAAAUUGUUCAGACACAGGUAACGACACCAUUAGGACCAACAUCAGUUACGAUUGCGGGUUCCAAUCUACCAAUACCAGUCGCUAGUGAAUUAUCUAAUGUAAGCAGCACGGGUUCGGUAUCUGAUCGUGAGCCAGAAACUCCCGACAAGGGUAAUUACACUAAAAUUGUGAAAUCUUUGGAACAAAAACCACCACGAAAGAGGCGAAGAAAUGAUGGCCAUCCACUCAAAAAUGAUCGGAAGAUUACUGAAUGUUUUAAGAACAUGGCGGUUGGUUCCAGCCCGAAACGUCAAGUAAACGCCUCCCAUGCAAAUGGAGAUAGUUCAAGCAAUGACUACUGUGCAAUCAUUACAUCUGUUUCUCCAUCAACCAACACUCGACCGAAUAUUCAUCUGACCAUUUUCAACUCGAGUGAUUCAAGUCAAAGUCAAAGUCCACCACAAACAUUGAUGUGCAGACCUCGAAUGGAUUCUCAGGCGCAAACUGACGAAUUGUCUUUAAUUGAUGCAGCAGAAAUGCAUUCUGAGCUCUCAAAAAAAGAUGGCGUAAUUGAGGAUAUGAGGAUGACAAUUGAAGAAUUAAAGCAGCAAAUCAUCAAAAGAGACCGAUCCAUGGACGCAUGCAAAGAGACUAUAAGAAAAUUGUUAAUCGAGCAAAGUACCAUGGAAAGAAAACAAGCGAAAGCGAAAUGCAUGGAGGAUUGUUUACGUAUUGGGCAGUUCAAGCCAACACGUCAUCGAGAAGAGUUUCGUGAGAUGUGGGCUGAUGGAUGGGCUUUCGAAGAAAUUAAUAAAGCGCAGCAAAGGAUUGCAAAUGAAAGAAAUGAAAUAAUUAAUGCUUCGCAGAAUCUUCGGAAAAGGAAACCAACUGGAAACGCUCGUGACUUGAAAAGAGCAAUGUCGACUGGUUCGGAUGGUAUGGUCCCGUCUACAUCAGCAGGACCAAGUUCUAUUUCACUCACUGAUGAACUGUUCGCGAAACCAGAAUUACCGAAAGAACUGUCUUUGCAAGAAUAUUUGGAGCAAGAAGAAAUUUAUCGUUUGCGUAAGGAACAUCUUAAAAAAGAGGAGGCAGAACUAGUCGCUGAACGUGAUCGCUUGGAGAGAGAGCGUAAUCUACAUAUUAGAGAAUUGAAACGGGUUCAAUAUGAGGAAUCGAGUCGGUAUAAAGACCAUGAAUUGCUCAAUAGGCGCUAUCUUCUACUUUCGCUUCUUGGAAAAGGUGGUUUCAGCGAGGUUUGGCGGGCUUUUGAUCUGGAUGAAAACAAAUAUGUGGCGUGCAAAAUACAUCAUGUAAAUAAAGAAUGGAAAGAAGAUAAAAAGGCAAAUUAUGUGAAGCAUGCUAUGCGUGAAAAAGAUAUUCAUAAGACAUUGGAUCAUCCGCGUAUUGUUCGCUUAUUUGAUUUAUUUACAAUCGACAAUCAUUCUUUCUGUACUGUGUUGGAGUACUGUGAUGGUAAUGAUCUCGAUUUCUAUCUGAAGCAAAAUAAACAAAUCCCCGAAAAGGAAGCACGCUCUAUUAUUAUGCAGGUAGUGUCAGCACUUCGUUAUUUAUCAGAAAAACGCCCACCGAUAAUUCAUUACGAUCUGAAGCCGGCAAAUAUCCUACUGCAGUCGGGUACUACAAGUGGUGCAAUAAAAAUCACUGAUUUUGGCUUAAGUAAAAUAAUGGAAGAUGCCGACGACGGUGAUUCUAUUGAACUCACAUCCCAGGGAGCUGGAACAUACUGGUACCUUCCUCCUGAAACUUUUGUAGUCGGUCACAAUCCUCCAAAGAUAAGCUCAAAGGUGGAUGUUUGGAGUGUUGGUGUCAUAUUUUAUCAAUGCCUGUAUGGCAGACGACCAUUUGGACACGAACAAACUCAACAGAAAAUUCUGGAAGAGAAUACUAUUCUAAAAGCUACCGAAGUCACUUUUCCCCCCAAACCAGUUGUUAGCUCGGCAGCUCAGGAUUUUAUCCGUCGCUGUCUGCAAUAUCGAAAGGAAGAACGGGCGGAUGUUUUCGAGCUUGCGAAACACGAGCUUUUCCGUCCUCGUGGCCAAAAAUCUUCACAACCACCUUCUUCACCAUUGGCAAGGUGUCUAAGGAGUGAUGAGACGGAUUACUGA